AUUUAGUACACUGAGUGGUUUGCAUGAAAUGAAUGCAUGAAAGCCUGCAGCCCCAUGCUCUGUAGAGCAAUUAGUUCCUGAGAGAACUGUGAAGAGUCUAGGUUUAAGUUUUGCUGCAAACUGUCUACAGUUUAGAAACUGCAAGUUAUACAAUCUGCACUAGAUAAUGAUGAGGUGAAAAGUGUGCACAGACCACAUAUAGGCAGUAUGUGUGAUAGGUGCCACGCUCGACACUAACACAUGAGUGGGACUACAGUCAGUUACUGUAGUCAGGACAGAGACUGUCAGCGGGGGAGCAGAAUUCCAGCUUGGAUGGGCAGUUGGGAGGACAGCUCUUGGCAGAGAAGUCAUAAUGGACCAAUGCUGCAAGGAGGAGGAGAUAUGUAGCGUCAAAAUACUGACCACUGAUCAUCAUCACUGCUUUAAUAUGUAAGGAGGAAGAUGAGUGGAUUUAAUGCUAUUAGCUAUGACCAUUGGACAUUUCACAUGCAGGUCUAAAUGAGACUUUCCAUGUAAUGUGUCACAUGGAAAAUGUCACUGAACACAAGCAUUUAAAAGCCAAUAUUGGCAUUCCUCAACAAGAAGCAAGGCAAUCAGCACUCCACUAUGUUCCACCUGGGUGUCACUGACAAGCCUGCAGAGUUUGGAGCAUCGUAAGCCAUCCUCCCGCUACGCCCAGCUCAUGCUCCAAAUUUCCAAAGACAUGACUGCAGCAGUCAACCAAACCGAGACACAGCUCAGCUUAGUGGAAAUGGAGGACCAGGGAUCAAAAGACAAGAGACCAGCAUCGGAAUUGAUGGAAGUCAAAGUGGAUGUACAAUCCGAAGAUCUGAAUUCCACCCACAGUGACACAAGGCCUCUGAUUCAAGACAGGGAUCCCAAAAGAAUCAACAAGAGUCUUAAGGUCACGUUUGAGGAUGUGAUUGCAGAGCCUCCCUCGGUGCGGAGCUUUGAUCAAGUGUGGCUGUGGAGUCACGCCCUGUUUGAGGUAUCCAGACUGUGGUGCUACCGUAUCAUCUCCCUCCUUCUGGCUGUGCCGGUCUCACUGGCAGCAGGGCUCCUCUUUGCCAUGCUCAGCUGCCUUCACAUUUGGUUGAUCAUGCCCUGUGUGCAGCUCCUUCUCAUCAACAUGAGCUGGGUCCAGACUGUGUGGGGCAGCAUACUGAACAUUUUCAUCGGCCCCGUCUUUACCAGUGUUGGAAAGUGCUGUGGUCGAGUCACCAUCCAUCUGGCAAAAGAUGAAGACAGAUAGAAAAACACACGGUGUGUGAAUGUUCUGUUAAAACAGAGGAUAGAGAGAAAAAGCAAGUUGUAACAGAUUUCAUACUAAUUUCUUAUUGGAAAAUUAUAAUCAGCAUCGUAAUUGUUUAUGAUUAUUUUGUAUUUUUGCUCACCUGUCAUGAUAUUUGGCAUGCUGACAUACUGUACAUGUCAAGUUGUCCCUUGUGUAAUGAUGUUGAUGUAUGAUGCAUAGAACUUCAAGCCAGGACCUAAAAACGCAUGUGUUGAUAGAAUAUGUGGGGCAAAUAGUGCUAUGACUAUUUAAGGCACAAUUACAGAAUAUUUCUGCGGACCAUUGCAAUUAAAUUACAAAAUGAUCUAAACUCAGAGAACAAAAAGAAACCAACUCUAACAAUCUCUGGAAGUGUGUAUAUUUGUUGAAUUCAGUUAAAACAUUUGUUGUCCCAUAUUAUUGACGAUUGCAACAUUAUUGUGUAUUAGGGAUGUAAAAGAUGUUAAUCAC